CCACCACCACCACCACCACCACCACCACCACCACCACCACCACCACCAUCAUCAUCAUCAUCAUCAUCAUCAUCAUCACGACCUCCACAAUCUCUGCCGACACCACCUCCACCAUUAUCACGACCACCACCACCAUCUCCUCCACCACCACCACCACCACCAACGCAUCCGCUUUACCCUUCUUCUUUCUCCAUCCAGGUCCUGGACGACGAAGAUCAGAGUAUUUGGCCGCUGUCCAUGGUGACCGUCACUGUGAAGCUCACGCGGCGGCCGCUUCUCGUCUUGACGGCCAACACAGCGGCGUCGUCGUUGUCGUCUGCCGCCGCUUGCCCCUCGUCCUCCAAGUGCGCACCCGAUGCAUCGCGUCUGUCGCCGUCAUCGUCAUCGCACCAUCAUCAUCGUCCACCUCUCGUUGUCGACGCCUCAACCGACCUCCGCUGCACCGACAAGGAUGCUUCAUGGUACCUUUCAGGCGACGCCGCCGCUGCCACCAUGGGAGGACUCUAUCGGGGCGGCGGUGGUGGUGGCGGGGGCGGCUUCGAUGACCUUGGUCACUUCAGCAACGAAGGGGUGCUGGAUGACGCGGGUGAGGGUGGCGGCGUGGCGCGUGGAAAGCCGUCUGGACCGCCGGUGUGGGAUAAAUCGCGUCAACGGGGAAAGGGGAAGGGCGGAAAAGGUGGGAAAGGCGGCAAGGGUGGAGCCAAUCGGAGAGCUGGACAACACCAGAAAGGUGGAAACGUGUCUAAAAAGCCACAGCAACAGCUAGCAACCGUAGAGCCGAUUGGUGAUGUCGAGGCCACCACAAACAGUGAGGGCGCGUUGCCCAAUGGACAAGCCAGCGGUGAUCAUUCGGGCGCAGUUGUCGAGGAGGAGAAGCUGCAGGAGACUGUUGAGCGACGAGUUGAAGACGAGGCGCGAAAACGCGAAUUAAACCGAGUGCUUGAAUCGAAGCCACGAUGCAACCACCUUGUUCACUGUCCCUUCUUCCCAUGCGAAAGAUAUGAAGGCUGGUGGGUGUACCUGGUUGAUAGGAAAACCCGCCAACUCAUUACGAAACCGGUUUUUACCAAUUCGCUGGAAACGGAAGAGGAGAUGAAUUUGAAAUUCGUGGCUCCGUCGUAUCCUGGCAAUUACCUCUACACCCUCUGCGUUCGGUCUGACAGCUACGUGGACUCGGAUUUCUUCGAAAAUGUUCCUUUCACGGUGACGGCGUUGCCGGAGCACGUGUUGAAGAGUCUGAAGGAGGCGGAGGAGCGCACCAUGGAGGACAGCUCUUCCUCCGACGAUGACGGCGACGACGGUGACUACGACGACGAGGACUACGAUGAGAGCGACGGGGAGGAGUUCGUUGCCGCGUAG